AUGGGAAAGAGGACUGCUGGGAAUCCAAACCCUUUACUCCUUCAUAAUGAGAAGCAUGAAAGAGAGCUGCACAGAGCUAGUAAGGGCAAAGAGGAAGAAGGUUUAUUUGUGGUUUUACACACUCAGGCUGUGGACUGCAGGAGGAUGAACAUGAUCCGGGGGACGGUGCUGAUGGCUUUGUAUGUGACUGUCAUCUCAGCCACAUAUGAUGUUUAUGAGCAGCAGUCCUAUAUGGACCCAGAGGAUGUACUGAGUGUCAUCAUUCCCCUGGAGGGUCCACAGCGCCCUCUGCUGGGGGGAAUGCUGCUGUUACCGUGCUACUUUGAGGAUCACACUGUUGACGACCCUGGCGCUCCCACCAUUGCCCCCUUGUCUCAUCGGAUCAAAUGGAGCUUUGUGACUAAAGAAAAGGUCACAACCAUCAUUGUUGCCCAGGGGGGGAAAGUGCAUAUCACUGAGAACUACCAGGACAGAGUCCAGCUGGUAGCUUAUCCUGGGACCCCGACAGACGCUAGCAUCAGGAUAUCUGAGCUGCGUUCCAGUGACACGGGAGUGUAUCGCUGUGAGGUUCAGCACGACAUCGAGGACAACCACAGCAUCGUGCACGUCCAGGUUCAAGGCGUAGUGUUCCACUACAGGGCCAUCAUGGGACGCUACAGUUUGACUUUUGAAAAGGCGAAGGCAGCGUGCAUCCAGAAUAGUGCAGUAAUGGCUUCACCUGAACAGCUCCAAGCGGCAUACGAUGACGGUUUUCACCAGUGUGACGCUGGCUGGCUCUCUGAUCGCACAGUCAGGUACCCAAUCCAGAGUCCUCGUAUGAACUGCUAUGGUGACAAAGUAGAACUGCGUGGCGUCAGGACCUACGGCGUGAGGGAUCUCAAUGAGACUUAUGAUGUUUACUGCUUCACUGAGAAGAUGACAGGCAGAGUUUUCUACACUGCGACUGCAGAGAAGUUCACCUUCUCUGAGGCUGCGUUGGCGUGCUCUAAUAAGGGUGCUCAGCUGGCCACUACAGGUCAGCUGUACCUGGCCUGGCAGGGAGGGAUGGAUGUCUGCAACGCUGGCUGGCUGGCAGACAGGAGUGUGCGCUAUCCCAUCAACAUUCGUAGGUCACAGUGUGGAGGCGGGCUGAUCGGGGUACGGACUGUUUAUCUUCACGCAAACCAGACAGGAUAUCCUCUUCCCGAGUCUCGCUGUGACGCCUUCUGUUACACAGAGUCGACUGAUGAAGACGGUUCAGGCAUGACAGAGGACGGCAGCGGUGUGCCGCGAGUCACCACAGUGACACAGAACCCAGAGGUGUUCUUCAGGAGCACGACGGCAGAGAGUGAGGCCGCCGGAGAGGUGGAGACUAUGAUGCCUACUAACGCGGACUUCACCUACACAGAAAGCCCCACCGACCCGCCUCUGGCUGAGCCGCCAAACAUCACCGAGUCCGUCACCGAUCUGAUACAGUCAGCCACAGCACAGCCGGAUGUUGGCAGGGAGCCACACAAAGGCUUUGUGAUACCUCCAACCGUAGUCUCUCCUGAUUCCUCUACAGGCAUGGUCUUCCAUUACCGUUCAGCUGCCGGACGCUACGCUUUCACUUUUGUCGAGGCCCAACAAGCCUGCCAGAGUGUCGGAGGCUCAAUCGCCAUGCCGCAGCAGCUGCAGGCAGCGUAUGAAGCUGGAUACCAGCAGUGUGACGCAGGUUGGCUACUGGAUCAGACUGUAAGGUAUCCUAUCGUUUACCCUCGAGAAAGCUGUGCUGGAGAUCUGGGAGAUCGACCCGGGGUUCGAUCCUACGGUCUGAGGCCAGCACACGAGAGAUACGAUGUGUACUGCUACACUGACGGGCUCAAAGGAGAGGUUUUCCACAUUGGAUCAGCUGAAGGUUUCACUUACAGUGAGGCUGUUCGUAGCUGUCAAGAGCAGAACGCCACAGCAGCCUCCACAGGACAUCUCUAUGCUGCCUGGAAAAUGGGCUUUGACAAGUGCCGUGCAGGCUGGCUACUAGAUCGCAGUGUGCGUUAUCCCAUCAACAAUCCACGUGCGGAGUGCGGAGCGGGGAAAAUAGGAGUGCACACUGUGUACAAUCACCCCAACCAGACUGGCUAUCCUGAACUUGAUGCCAGAUUUGAUGCUUACUGUUUCAGAGAUGAAACUGGACUGAAUGUCACAGAAAUUGAGGAGGCUCUACUAAAUCUGACUUCAGCUACCCAUUUGUUACGACCUGCUGUUCCCUCCAUAUCUCCUCCUAUCGAUGUAGAGAAUUCAGGCUCUGGUUCAGGCUCAGGAGACACUUCUGUAGUAGAUUACACAUCUGGAGGUCACUCUGGAGAAUCGUCUGGAUCUGGACAGCCAUGUUUGUCUGCAGACGAGAUUUUCUCUGGAGAUUCCUCUGGUUCUGGAGAUAAGGCUACUUCUGGAGAUGGCUCUGCUUCUGGAGACCUCCCUUCCUCUGGCUCUGGAGACCUGGCUGGCAGUGCAAGUGCUGACCUACCCAGCGGAGAGUCAGGUCCCAGCAGUACAGAUGUUUCUGGAUCAGGUAGUGGAGAAGGGUCCACGAUCAGUAUUCGUUUUUCAGGCACUGACUCCACUCCUUCAGGCGAGGGCUCAGGUUCUGGAGGACCUCAAGAAGCUGGAGAGGGAAGCACAGAGAUCCUUACUUUCCCUUCAUCUGAUGUGGGAUCUGGAGUGCUGGGUGGUAGUGGGGAUGCGUCCUGGUCUGGAUCUGGUUUCAGUUCUACAGAAAGUGGUUCUUCCACAGACAUGUCCUCUGGUUUCGUCACCAGUCAGGAGUUUUCUGGCUCUAGCAGUUUCCCAUCCAAAUUUUCCUCUGGAAGUGGUAGUGGACAGUCAGGAGAGCUUUCAGGGAGUGGAGACGCUCAGAUCUUAUUGAUAGAUGAUAAACUGAUUGAUGCAACCACCUCCAGUAAAUACAGUGAGCUUAGUGGAGCCUUCUUCAGUGGCUCUGGGGACAUUUCAGGAUCAGGCGUUCCCAUUUGUGAUCUUAAUGGAGAUUGCAGUGGAGGCCUCAGUGGGGACCUCAGUGGAGGCCUCAGUGGGGACCUCAGUGGAGACCUCAGUGGGGACCUCAGUGGAGACCUCAGUGGGGACCUCAGUGGAGACCUUAGUGGAGACCUCAGUGGAGGCCUCAGUGGAGACCUCAGUGGGGACCUCAGUGGAGACCUCAGUGGAGACCUCAGUGGAGACCUCAGUGGGGACCUCAGUGGGGACCUCAGUGCCUCGGCCUCUGGAGGGGUCUUUGAAUUUUUCCCUGAUGUGACUUUGGUGGGUUCAGGGUUCACUGAGCUGACAGGGUCAUCGUCUGGAGUGGAGGAGGAGGCGUCUGGGGUUUUACUCUACAGUUCUGCAGAGGGAAGUGGUGGAUAUCUGUCUGGAUUUGGAAGCUCAACUUUUCAUUCUCUGUCUGGAUCAGGACUUUCUGGAUAUGAGUCCUCUACAAGUGGAGGAGGAGGCAGUGUUAUCUUUCUGUCUGAGGAUCUAAUGACAAAGGUAUCUGAAAACACAUCACCAGAGGACUCAGGCACGCUGUUUUCGGAGCUUGGUAAGGGGCCUUUGGAGUACAGUGGAGAAGGAAGUAGUAGUGGCAGUGGUUCUUACCCUGGGAGUGGAGACUCUGACUCAUCUGCUGCCAGCACGACUUUUUCAGAUGGCCCUUCUAGGCAUCUGCCAGUGGCCUAUCCCAUCAUUGAGUGCAAUGUGACAGAGAGCACCACAGGACCACAGGAGGACCCUAAUGGCGUGCCAGAGACCCCCGAUGAUGUCCCUGUAACUCUGGCCCCUGCGGUUGUCCCGGCGGGACUAGCAGCACCUCCCAUUACAGUUGCACCACCCUCUGUUCAGACAUCAGGCCCUGUUGAAGGACAUGUUGGCCCAUGUGAACCGAACCCCUGUGGCGAUGCUUCGUGCACUGCAGAGAACGGCGUUGCCUUCUGUGACGAGGUAGAUGUGUGCCGUUCCGACCCUUGUGCCAAUGGAGCCACCUGUGUGGAGACUGUAGACUCUUUCAAAUGCUUAUGCCUGCCCAGCUACGGAGGGGAGCGCUGUGAGAUCGAGGAGCAGCCGUGUGAAGAAGGCUGGACUAAGUUUCAGGGGAACUGCUACCGACACUUCACCGUGAGAGAGACGUGGGUGACAGCGGAGCAGCGCUGCCGCGAUCACAACGCCCACCUGGUCAGCAUCAUCUCCCCAGAAGAGCAGAACUUUGUCAACGCAAACGCACAAGACUACCAGUGGAUCGGGCUGAAUGACAAGACCGUAGAGAAUGACUUCCAGUGGACUGACGGCACUCCUCUGCAAUACGAGAACUGGAGGCCGAACCAGCCGGACAACUACGUGAACUCUGAAGAAGAUUGUGUGGUGAUGAUCUGGCAUUCUGACAGCCAGUGGAACGAUGUACCCUGUAGUUAUCAUCUGCCCUUCACCUGCAAGAAAGGCUCAGUGUCCUGUGGUGCCCCGCCGGAGGUGGCCAAUGCUUGCAUGUUUGGCAAAAAGAGGGUGGUGUACCCCGUCGGCUCCAUCAUUCGUUAUCAGUGCAAUCCAGGAUUUAGACAGCGCCAUCUACCGCUGGUGCGCUGUCAACCAGACGGACAGUGGGAGGAGCCCCAAGUGAGAUGCACUGAUGUGAAAAGUCAAAGGAGAGCACAGAGGAGGAGCCGAAGGAGUCCAGAACGCAACAGCAGGCGUCACUAA